UCGCACCUAUCUCACUUAUUUCCGUACAAAUAAAGUCAAAUUUUGAACGACUUUAAUAAAUUGACGUUGUCAUCUCAAGUUCAUAUGAUACAGCACAAAAUAGCUGGUGUUUAGUGUUAUUUUGUAUAAACACUGUUCUCAUGAGCCAUGAUGACGUAGCACAAUUGGUAGGCCGAUUAUAUCCCCACUGACAACAAAUCGGUCUUAUGUCUUAACUUAACAAGUAUAAGUAACUACUUCGAUCACGAAUAGUCAGUACGUAUCUCGAGGUCACGCUACACCGGUUCCAUCAAUUCGGUUGGCGGCUGACGUAACUAAUUGACACACGAUUCGUGUUUGUCUCCGCUGCGCCCGCGCCGCCAGUCUUGCCCAGCGCGCCGAGUCAGAAACUCGCACCAUGUCCGACAAACGCUUCUCGCGCGCCGAGGUCGCCUCAUACAACCAGAAAGACAACGUUGUCUUAAUUAUCCACAACCACGUGUACGAUGUCAAAGCGUUCCUCGACGAACAUCCUGGCGGCCAUGAGGUCCUAGUCAACGUUGUCGGUAAAGAUGCGUCAGAAGACUUCGACGAUAUCGGACACAGUCUAGACGCUAAGGAGCUAAUGAAGAAAUACAGAAUCGGCGAGCUGGUCGAUGAGGAUAAAACGCCUGAGAAAAAACGACCCCAAUACAAUAACGUUACUACCGUUAAAGAAGAAGGUUUUUUAGCUGCUUGGAAGCUGCCCAUCUUCCUUGGGAUCAUAGCGACAGUGGUUUGGCAAUACUUCUUCAACUAGUGAAGUGAUUGACUGCGUAAUUUUAAGAGUGAAGUGAUUUUAUUCUAAUGUUGACUUUUUUAUUUUAAUAAAUAUAUUUAAAUCAUU